GGGAAGGGUGGGGGGGGACACCCUGGAGGAAGCUGCAAGGACGAAAGGUUGCGGGGAGACGGCGGCUGGGAUCUGAUGGCGCUUGCGAGUAUCAUUUCCCUUCCGUAAUGUCUCGGAAUUACCUACGACGAGGGUUGCUGAAGACAGUGGGCGAACCGGCUCGGCCCGUUGUAGCGCGGAGGAUGCACCCAGUGCUGCCCGCCCAAAGACAGAUACAGGCUUCUACCGGGGACAUUACCAUCGUGCCCAGGGAGCCCGGCGACGAGAUCACUAGAUGAAGCAGCUGAAUGACUCGAUCUGGUUCAUGGCUUUUCUUCGUAUUUGAUUCGUAUUUGAUUCGCUGCUGGUUUCUUCGUCUUGCCUCGAUACGGCCUUGCCAACCGCCAGACGCCAACACGUCCGCUCCGAGACCUCCCUACGUUAAUAGCCGGCACAGUCUGUCACCAUGUCUGUGACUGAAGCCGGCUUCCCGAUCUUGCAACCGGCAUUCGUCGUCAAGGCAAGGCACUUGAUCGCAGGCUAUCCACCUAAGGCCACCAUCACGAGCAAAGUUGUGGCCAGAACGUGGUUGACCAACCUCAUUCACAUCAACAUCGGCGAGAGAUAUACAGCCAGUAGCAAUGCCGCUAUCCAACCGCCAUACAUCAUCUCUGACACCGUGUUGUCGGUCAGAGGCGAUAUCGACGUCCAGAUCGAGUUCGGCGGCGACUGGCUCUAUGUUGACCCGGACACGGCACUCGCCCGGGUCAUCGUCAAGGGGAUUGCAAAAGACGGCGUUCCGUUCUCCUUCUACUACACCGGCGCCACCACCGUCAACGAAGCCCUGGCCAAGGUCCUCGCUUUCAGCCCCGACGCGAAAACGACCCCCUUUCGGGGCCUCGAGUAG